AUGUGGGCGCUGCCGGCCGUCAAGCUGGGCUGCCUGCUGGCGCUCGGCCUCGGGCCGCUGCUCUGCGCCCUCCUGCCCGCCGCCCUGCGCCCAGCCGGACGCCCGGGGCGCGCGCAGCACUGGCGGAGCGUGGGGAGCUGCGCGGCCGGCGGCGUGUUGCUGGCCACUUGCCUGCUGGACGUGCUGCCCGACUCGCUGGCCGACCUGCGGGAGGAGCUGCGCCGGCAGAGGCUUUCGCUGGACUUCCCGAUGCCGGAGCUGGUCGUGGCUCUGGGCUUUCUGUUGGUGCUGGUGACGGAGCACGUGGUCUUGGACUGCAGCGAGCCCCACGGAGACGAAGCCACGCUCUUGCUCUCGGCCUGCCCCGCACACCCUGGCCUUGAGGAGCAGCAAGCCCCCAGGCACCCUUCUCGGUUCCGCUCCCUGAUUCUGACCCUGGCGCUCUCCCUGCACUCCGUGUUUGAGGGCUUGGCCGUUGGGCUGCAGGACACCCAGAGCAAAGUGCUGCAUCUGGCGGGGGCCAUCCUGCUGCACAAGAGCGUCGUGGCUGCCAGCCUGGGUCUGCUGCUGCUCCAGAGCCGGCUCCCCCUGCGCUGGCUGGCAGCCGCUCUGGGCACCUUUGCGCUCAUGUCUCCACUGGGGGUUGGCCUAGGCAUGGUGGUGACGCACGGCCCCGGCAGCAGCACCACCGCUCGGAGCAUGCUGCAAGGCAUGGCAGCUGGAACCUUCAUGUACAUCACCUUCCUGGAGAUCCUGCCCCAGGAGCUGAAUUCUCCUGCCUGCCGCCUGCCCAAAGUUCUCGCUGUGCUGUUGGGCUUUUUGGGCAUGGCUGGCCUGCACCUCCUGGGCUGA